AAUGCGCAGCCUCGGUGACCUUUGGCCAGCUGCACUUGACGUUAACACGGAAGUGUGUUGCAUGAGUUUUCUCAUGAGUUUUCUUUGCCAUUCAUUGAACAUUUCUGUCGGUGUACAAAUCAGUUUUGUUCUGUUCGUUGAUGCUAAACUUUAUAGAUUGUGUCUGUUGGACGUUUCUUCUGUAGCGCAGUUUAUAAAGCGGGCAGAGCAUAAACUUAAAAACGGAGUAGUGAUGUCGGAGAAAGGCAGCGGUCCUGCGGCCCGGGCGGUGCUGCAGCAGUGUGUGCAGGCCAGACUUCAGGUGAAACCCGCAGAGGAGCACGCAGAGGCUCGGUUUGUCCAGAUCGACAGAGGAAUGGUGAUCUACAUCUGUUUCUUUAAAGGAGCCACAGACGACAUCCUGCCCAAGAUGGUGUCCACGCUGUUGAACCUGAGGCUGUGUGAGUCCGACUCGGGGAAGAUGGUUUCGGUGUUGGAGCUUCCCGGCAGCCUGCUGAUCGUGCCUCAGGCCACGCUGGGCGGGAAAGCCAAAGGCAGGGCCAUGCAGUACCACAACAACAUCGCCAAAGAGGACGGACUGCGGCUCUACGGCGCCUUCGUUUCUCUGUGCAAGAAGGAAGUGGCGGCUGCCGCUGCUUCGGCUGGGAGCGGAGCUGAAGUGACGGUGAAACACGGGACGUAUGGAAACAGACAAGUGCUGAAGCUCGACACCAACGGACCGUACACACAUCUGACGGAGUUCUGAAAGGCGGGGAAAGUAGAGAAGUAUUGAGUUAAAAAUUGAGCUGAAGUCACACGUCUAAUGCCAUCAUGGAGGUCGAAAUUGUCUCUUAAUUAAUGUCUAAAUAUCUACCAACAAGGCUGGAAACAGUCGCUGGCGAUUUCCAAGACGUACUGAUAUUUGAUUUAUGCAUUCGUCAUAAAAACAAAAUUACAAAGAUUUGGAAUAUGUCAUUGUUUUUGUGUAAUUCCCCGCAGACGUGAGAUGGCAGAAUACAAAACUGCGUUCUCAAAUGUGCGUGACAACAUAAAAACUCACAUUUCUGAGGAUUAGGAUUCUUAAAAAUGUGCUCUCAAGGCCACAAAGUGUUUGUAAACUCGGCAGCAGAAGAGCGCUAGCUAGGAAAAUACUACCUGCUAAAUGCAUAAUGCCGUCUGUGAAAUUUAGUAGAGGAGGAAUAAUGGCCUGGUGCUGUUUUCCCUGCUUCCAGUGAAGGGAAAUCUUAAUGCUCCAGCAUACAAUGAUAUUUCAGACAAUAGUGUUCUUCCAACUUUGUGGCAACAGUUUGGGGGAGACCAUUUCCUGUUCCAACAGGACAAUGCCUCUGUACACGAAGCGAACUCCAUAAAGAAAUGGUUUCCCCCAGUUUGGUGUGGAAGAACUUGACUGGCCUUUGGGAUGAACUGGAACGCCGACUGUGUGACUCUUGUAUCUGUAUAGGAGCAAAUCCCUGCAGCAGGUUCAAACAUCUGGGGGAAAGACUGAAACCAGAAGAGAGGAGGCUGUCAGAGCAGCACGUUAAUGAACACGGUUUUCGGAAUGAGAUGUUCAACUGUCACAUAUGCUCGGGUGUCCACAUACUUUUGGCCACAUAGUGUAUUUGGUUAAAUAAAGUUCACAUCAUAACAA